AUGUGUGCAGAGUACAUUGUCAAGUGCAGAUACUGCGGCUACUGGAAGCACUACAGCUGGGAUCGCUGCGGCGAGAACAGAAUGCUCCUCAGACAGGGCUGCGCUCUUGGCCUCCCAUCUCAGCACCCUUCUGAAUGCGACAUGUUCCCAGAAGACAAGCGUCAGCGAAUCAAGCGCCAGGUGACACCUUACGAAUGCCCCGUUCAGGAGUGUAAAAGCACCGAGAUUGCGGCCAAGCUAUUCGAAGAACGCGCCAAGGUUGCCGCCGCGAGAGCCGCCGCUCUGGCCAAGGCUCGUGCAGAAUGGGAAGCAAAGGACAAGGCUAGAAAGGCAGAGUUUGCGGCAAGGUAUUUCAAGAAGCUGCCCGUGGUGAGAUUCAGCGAGAGACGCGAGUCGUUUCUAGAGGCGUCUGCAGCGUCCGCGUCGCAAGCCAUUCAGAACCCACAAAUUGCUGGAUUCUCUGGUGGCGAGCCCUAUCAAUGGCAAGACGAGCAGGCUCAGACGCUCACGGACCCGAUGGGAAAGGGCAAGGAGAUUGCUACGUCCAUGCAUAGCCAAGUAUUCGAAGACAGCGACGACGACGACAUCUUCUCGUCCGCCUCGGAGGAGGUGGAACUGGAGGAUGAGAUGACCGCCUUUUCAAAGUAUUUCGGAGCAAUUGACAUCCAGGGCAGCGGCGCAAACAAACGCAAGGGACGGGCCGUUGAGUUUUGUGAUGACGGAAUGCCCAUCCGUACUAUAACGCCAUAG